AUGGGCGAUAUCGAGAUGAGUGUACAGGAGGAAGUUCGUGCUGUGUCCAAAGCAGAAGUGUUGGCUCGUCUCCCGCCGCGGCCAGCAUCGGCAACCUCGACACGAGUGCCAUCACAACAGCCGGUCGUUGUAGUCGUCGAUGAUGACCCCACCGGCACUCAAACCUGUCACAAUGUCAACGUGUUGACCGUCUGGGAUGAGAACACCCUCCGCCGCGAGUUCCAGUCCCACUGCGCCGGCUUCUUUAUCCUCUCGAAUUCACGCGCUCUGCCGCCCAUCAAAGCGCGUCAGCUCAUCCGAGAAAUAUGCCAGGCCGUCAAGAAUGCCGCCGCCAGCGCCGCAAAGGAGUUUGAGGUCGUCUUGAGAGGCGAUUCGACAUUGCGAGGCCACUUUCCGGACGAACCUGAAGCCGCAGAGGAAGUGCUCGGCGAAGCAGAUGUCUGGAUUCUCGCGCCAUUCUUCGAGCAGGGUGGCCGCUUGACCAUUGAUGAUGUGCAUUAUGUCGCCAGCCCGGAUGGACAGCUCGUUCCUGCCGCGCAGACGCCCUUUGCCAGGGAUGCGACUUUUGGGUAUACGCAGUCCAACUUGCGAGAGUACAUUCGAGAAAAGUCCAAGGGCGCGAUAUCGGCAGAGCGAAUUCACUCCAUUUCGCUUCACGACAUUCGGGUAGGAGGAGCUGAUGCGGUGGAGGCCAAAUUACUGUCAGUCGGGCGGCGCUCAGUCGUCAUCGUCAAUGCUGUGGUCACUGCCGACCUCGACAUAUUUGUGGCAGGACUGAUCCGCGCUCGCGCAACCGGGAAGACAUUCAUCUAUCGCACCGGCGCUGCGUUUGUGUCAUCACGCCUCGGUAUUCAGCAAAUAUUGCCACUGAAGCCAUGCGAGCUCAACAUGGAUCUGUCACCAUCGGCGCCCGGCGGCCUGAUCAUGACUGGUUCUUACGUGCCCAAGACUACGGAGCAGCUCGAGUCUCUGAUUCAAGGCCGAGGUGCCAGAUUGAUCACCAUAGAGCUCGAUGCCGCCGCACUGCUACAUGAGUCUGAGUCAACCUCUGCUGUUGUGCUCGCCGCCGCCAACAAAGCCGGUGAUCAUAUCUCUCGCGGCCAAGAUGUGCUUCUCAUGACCAGCCGCAAGCUCAUCACUGGCAGUGAUGAACUUUCCAGCUUGAAGAUAGGCAAUGUUGUCGCAGCAGCUCUUGUGUCCUUCCUCCGCUUCUUGAUCCCACGACCACGGUACAUAAUCGCUAAAGGUGGCAUUACCAGCUCCGAUGCCGCCACUGCUGGUCUCAUGUUCAAGCGCGCCAAAAUCUGUGGUCAAGCUGCGCCUGGAGUGCCUCUUUGGCAAUGCGCCGAGAAGACAUGCAAAUUCCCCGACAUUCCGUACGUCGUCUUUCCUGGAAACGUUGGUGAGCGGGACACACUUCGAGAUCUGGUAGCAGAUUGGGCAAAACCUGAGCAUGGCGAGAAUGUACCGCCGCCGAUGCAGUAUCAAAGACUGGGGAACAGUGGCCUCAAAGUCUCGCGAUUAAUUCUGGGGUGCAUGACAUUUGGUAAUCCGGACUGGGAAGGCAGUCCUUGGGUCCUGCCCGAGGAAGACGCUCUACCGCUCUUGAAGCAAGCGUUCGACUCUGGGAUCAACACUUGGGAAACCGCAAACACGUACUCAAACGGGUGGUCGGAGAUCAUCAUUGGCAAAGCUCUGAAGCAGUACGAUAUUCCACGCAGCAAAGUUGUGAUUAUGACAAAGCUCUAUUAUCCAGUCCUUGAAGAUGAGCCAAAUCGUCGGCCUCAGCCAGCACUCAAUGAUGGACCUCUCGUCAAUCAAAUGGGACUCAGCCGCAAGCACAUAUUCGAUGCGGUGGAAGGCUCUCUGCGACGGCUCGGCACGUCCUACAUCGACGUCUUACAGCUUCAUCGCCUCGAUGUGGACACAAGCCCCGAAGAGAUCAUGCGGGCCCUACAUGAUCUCGUGCAGAUGGGCAAAAUUCACUACCUCGGUGCCUCGAGCAUGUACUGCUGGCAAUUCGCUCGCUUGCAGUACACGGCGAAAAUGAACAACUGGACAACCUUCACCAGUAUGUCUGGGUUGUACAAUCUGCUCUACCGCGAAGAGGAGCGGGAAAUGGUAAACUUCUGUCAGGCAGAAGGGAUCGGCCUCAUUCCGUGGUCUCCACUUGCAAGGGGUUUGUUGAGUCGACCGCAAUCAGCACAGACGGACCGAAGUGCAAAAGACGCGAAGACCAAAAAGUGGUUUCAAGGUGAUCAAAACUCAAGUAUUGUCAACAGAGUUGAAGCAAUGGCCAGAGAAAAGGGCUGCACAAUGUCAGAUCUGGCGCUGUCAUGGCUUUUACACAAGGGGGCCUGUCCGAUAGUUGGACUGAACAGUAUCUCGCGCAUCAAAGCCGCUUCUGAGGCCCUGAGUGUGAGGUUAACCGCGGCAGACAUGACGCACCUUGAAGAGCUCUAUCAGCCACUGGCAGUGCAGGCUAUGUAA